UGUCAAGAACCGUCUUUUUUAUUGAUCAUUUCUUUUUGUCAUGAUGCUCUCUUGGCCUCAGACUGCGUGAAGGGAGCCAUAUUAAGAGUGCAGAAGAAGAGGUGACCUGGAGGAAAAAUUAAAAUGCGAUAUAAAAAAAGAGUUUUUCUUACUUCCUUUCUCUCUCAAAUUAAUUUAGAUGUAAAUUACAUUUUGAAAGGUCCCAAGAUCAGUCUCCAAGGCUGUGUCCUCUACCCUCACCAGAUACAUAGAAUAAGAUUUUGAUGUGAUAGUAAUUUUGCCAGUGGAGGCCGACUCCCCAAACCAUCACCCUGGACCCCUCCUACCCAUGGAGCAGGUGUCCACCAUGGCCGAGCCCCGGGGCCCUGUAGACCAUGGAGUCCAGAUUCGCUUCAUCACAGAGCCAGUGUGUGAUGCAGAGAUGGGCACCCUACGUCGUGGUGGACGACGCCCAGCUAAGGAUGCAAGAGCCAAUACCUAUGGGGUUGCCGUGCGUGUGCAGGGCAUCGCUGGGCAACCCUUUGUGGUGCUCAACAGUGGGGAGAAAGGUGGCGACUCCUUUGGAGUCCAGAUCAAGGGGGCCAACAACCGAGGGGCCCCAGGAGCUCUGAGCUCUGACUCGGAACUUCCCGAGAGCCCCUACUCUCAGGCCAAGGAGUUUCCUGACCGCUCGCAGGGAAGCACAUCUGAUGAGGAGCCCGGGGCCCACUGGAAUGGAAGGCUACUGCGCUCCCAGUCCCAGGCCUCACUGGCAGGCCCUGCCCCUAUGGGUCCAAGCAACAGGAGCACCAGCCUGCUGGAGCUAGCCCACCAAGGAGCUUACCUGGACAGCACCAUUGACACUGCCCCCCUGUCUUCGGUGGACUCCCUCAUCAACAAGUUUGACAGUCACCAUGGGGGCCAGGCCCGGGGCCGGACUGGCCGCCGCACGCGGAUGCUGCCCCCUGAACAGCGCAAGCGGAGCCAGAGCCUGGACAGCCGGCUCCCACGGGACACCGUUGAGGAACGGGAGCGCUGGUCCCCCAACCGCUGGACCCCUAGCACAAAGCAUGACCAGCACACGGGCAGCAUGAAACAGUCAGCCCAGAGCUGUCUUGGUGGCUUUAGCCGUUCCCGUCAGACCCAGGACUGGGUCCUUCAGAGUUUUGAGGAGCCACGGGGGAGAGCACAGGACCCUCCCAUGCUACAGUUCAAAUCAACUCCAGACCUUCUCCGAGACCAGCAGGAGGCAGUCCCACCAGGCAGUGUGGACCACGUGAAGGCCACCAUCUACGGCAUCCUGAGAGACGGAAGCUCAGAAAGUGAAACCUCUGUGAGGAGGAAGGUCAGUUUGUUGCUGGAGCAGAUGCAGCCUCUGGUGAUGGUUUCUUCUGGUUCCACUAAGGCAGGGCAGGGUGAACUCACCCAAAAAGUGGAGGAGCUACAGAAAAAGCUGGAUGAAGAAGUGAAGAAACGGCAGAAGCUAGAGCCAUUCCGGGUUGGGCUGGAGCGGCAGCUAGAGGAGAAGUCAGAAGAGUGCAGCCGACUGCAGGAGCUGCUGGAGAGGAGGAGUGGGGAAGCCCAGCAGAGCACCAAGGAGCUCCAGAACAUGAAGCUCCUCCUGGACCAGGGUGAAAUGGUACGGCAUGGGCUGGAGACACAGGUGAUGGAGCUGCAGGACAAGCUGAAACAGGCCCAGGGUCCUGAGCCUGCUAAAGAGGUGCUAAUGAAGGACCUGGUAGAGACCCGGGAGCUUCUGGAAGAGGUCUUAGAGGCGAAGCAGCGGGUAGAGGAGCAGCUGAGGCUGCGGGAGCGGGAGCUGACAGCACUGAAGGGCGCCCUGAAGGAGGAGGUGGCCUCCCGUGACCAGGAGGUAGAGCAUGUGCGGCAGCAGUACCAGCGGGACGCAGAGCAGCUUCGCCGGAGCAUGCAGGAUGCAACCCAGGAUUACGCAGCAUUGGAGGCUGAGAGGCAGAAGAUGUUAGUCCUGGUGCGGGAGCUGCAGAGGGAGCUGGAGGAGACCUCGGAGGAGACAGGGCAUUGGCAGAGCAUGUUUCAGAAGAACAAGGAGGAACUUAGAGCCACCAAGCAAGAACUCCUGCAGCUGCGGAUGGAGAAGGAGGAGAUGGAAGAGGAACUUGGGGAGAAGAUAGAGGUCUUGCAGAGGGAAUUAGGGCAGGCCCGGGCUGAUGCUGGAGAUACUCGCCAGGUGGAGGAGCUCAAGAAGGAGCUGCGCCAGACACAGGAGGAACUUAAGGAGCUGCAGGCAGAGAAGCAGAGCCAGGAGGUGACUAGGCGACACCGGGAGCGGGAGUUGGAGAAGCAGCUGAGGGUAGAGGCUGAACGAGGCCGGGGGCUGGAACUGCAGAACCUCCAGCUACAAAAGACCCUCCAGCAACUGAGACAAGACUGUGAAGAGGCUUCCAAGGCUCAGAUGGCAGCAGAGGCAGAAGUGGCAGUGCUGGGGCAGCGUCGGACAGCAGUGGAGACGACGCUUCGGGAGACCCAGGAGGAAAAUGAUGACUUCCGAAGGCGCAUCCUGGGUCUGGAGCAGCAGCUGAAGGAGGCACGAGGCUUGGCGGAGGGUGGGGAAGUGGCGGAGGCUCGGCUUCGGGACAAGGUGCAGCGGUUAGAGGCAGAGAAACAGCGGCUAGAGGAGGCCCUGAACACAGCUCAGGAAGAGGAGGGGAGCCUGACAGCAGCCAAGCGGGCACUGGAGGCACGGCUGGAAGAGGCCCAGCGGGGGUUGGCCCGCCUGGGACAGGAGCAGCAGGCUCUGAACCGGGCCCUGGAGGAGGAGGGGAAGCAGCGGGAGGUGCUCCGGCGCAGCAAGACUGAGCUGGAGGAGCAGAAGCGCUUGCUGGACAGGACUGUGGACCGGCUGAACAAGGAGCUGGAGCAGAUUGGGAAUGACUCUAAGCAAGCCCUGCAGCAGCUCCAGGCCCAGCUGGAGGAUUACAAGGAAAAGGCCCGGCGGGAGGUGGCGGAUGCCCAGCGCCAGGCCAAGGAGUGGGCCAGUGAGGCUGAGAAGACCGCUGGAGGGCUAAGCCGGCUUCAGGAUGAGACUCAGAGGCUGCGGCAGGGCCUGCAGGCAUCCCAGGCUGAGCGGGACUCUGCCCGGCUGGACAAAGAGCUGCUGGUCCAGCGACUGCAGGGGCUGGAGCAAGAGGCAGAGAACAAAAAACGCUCCCAGGAUGACAGGAGCCGUCAGCUCAAGGGCCUUGAGGAAAAAGUCUCACGGCUGGAGGUGGAGUUAGAUGAGGAGAGGAGCACUGUGGAGCUGCUGACGGAACGGAUGAAUCGUGGUCGGGACCAGGUGGACCAGCUGAGGACAGAGCUCAUGCAGGAGAGGGCUGCUCGGCAGGACCUGGAGUGUGACAAAAUCUCCUUGGAGAGACAGAACAAGGACUUGAAGAGCCGGCUGGCCAGCUCAGAAGGCUUCCAGAAGCCCAGCGCCAGCCUCUCUCAGCUUGAGUCCCAGAAUCGGGAGUUGCAGGAGCGGCUGCAGGCUGAAGAGAGGGAGAAGACAGUUCUGCAGUCCACCAACCGAAAACUGGAGCGGAGAGUUAAAGAGCUGUCCAUCCAGAUUGAUGAUGAACGACAGCAUGUGAAUGACCAGAAAGACCAGCUAAGCCUGAGGGUGAAGGCUCUGAAGCGGCAGGUGGAUGAAGCCGAAGAGGAAAUUGAGCGACUGGAUGGCCUGAGGAAGAAGGCCCAGCGUGAGCUGGAGGAACAGCAUGAGGUCAAUGAACAGCUCCAGGCCCGGAUCAAAGUCCUGGAGAAGGACUCCUGGCGCAAAGCUUCCCGCUCAGCUGCUGAGUCAACUCUCCAACAUGAAGGGCUGAGCUCAGAUGAGGAAUUUGACAGCGUCUACGAUCCUUCCUCCAUCGCCUCACUGCUUACGGAGAGCAACCUGCAGACUAGCUCCUGUUAGCUCAUGGUCCACAAGGGCCCAUGAACCACACUUGAGGCCUAUCCUGGCCAGUCCUGCUCUGCUCUGCCCAGCCUCAGAUUCCUCAUCCCUGUGGGGGACCCAGUUAUUCAGACCUAAGACAGGGAGGGGUGUGAGUGAAGGUGAUAAAAAAGGCAUCAGCGCUAAGCCGGUAGACAGACUUUCCCUUUCCUCUGGAGGAGUGGGCAUUUUAAGCCAACAGAGCCCCCUCCUUAAGUGCCGACCCCCUCUUCUGCUCCCUCACAGCAGUAGGUUGGUGAGCAUAUAGGCUGAGAGGGAUUGAGCAGGAUAGGAAGGGAUAGAAAUUGCCAUGUAUAUAAAGCUUUAUUUCUUUAGCCCUUAACCCCAGGCUCAGGGAAAUACCCUAUGUGAUUCUGCCCCCUUGACUCCUGCAACUCAUUUCCUUCCCAUUCUGGAGCACUGUAAGGGGAACAUUAUGGGUAAUGGACAUGCUGGCGUGGCUCUACCCACUUCUCAGAGGCUCUUCUUUGCACAGUCAUGGGGCCCAUGUGGUAGUCCCCACCUGUCUCCAUUCCUGUAUUUUUUGUCUUCCCCAGGCCAGGAUCCAAGGGACCCUUUCUCUUUCUCUUCCUAUCUUUACCGUUUCUAUGUUCCUUCUUUCUUCUCAGUGCCUUAGCUGGGGUGAGGAGAUAAGGAUGCUCUUCUUGCCUUUUAUUACCUGCACAUUCAUACCUCUCCAAGGACCACCCUUUCCCCAACCGGGGCCUUCUGCCUUCCCUGCUGCCCCAAUGACUGGUCGAGAGACCUACCGGCUUCCCUGCCUAUGAGGCCCUGUGAGAGGGACUUUGGGAGGGCCAUGAUAAGGUGGUGGGGCUGCUUCUGCUCAGGGUUUCCAUCCUUCCUCCUCUCCCUCCGUGACUAUGGAUGUGCUUAUAAGAUGGUUGCACCUGGGAACCCUGACCACUGUCUACGCAAGUUUGAAAAGCAAAGGUUUUGGUCUCCGGGGCCUUAACUUGUGGUUUCUCUGAUCAGAUGUGCCCAAACUCAGUAGGGAACCGAGGGACCCUCAUUAUCUCAGGAGCUUGGACCUGAUACAGAGGGGCUAGAGGCUGACUCUUGGUAGAAAUGGGAAGAGGCAAUGGUGGACUUAUUCCUCCUUUGGGAUUUGGGGAGAGCCACGUUCUGGUGGGAGGAGGUAAGGGAGAUGAUUCACCUCUCUUAUUUUCUAAGCAGACUCUGUAAGAAGCCUAGAGGAGGGAGAAGCCUGUUCUCACCAAUGACUUGUAAUUUCAUGAUUAAAAAAAAUUUCCUUUAUUCUGCAAAUCAUAUAUUCUCUCCCAAUCCAAUCCAGCAUUGAAUUUAUUUUAAAUUAAAUAUUAAAAUUAUAU